AUGGAUCAAGGGCUCCGGUACGGUUCUUCUCGCGAGACAACAGUCCGCUCAAGCGAGGAGAUAUCAAAGUCUGAGGCGGAGGCCUCAGAGCAAGGCCUCUAUGGUCCGAGCUCAUCAAGUGCCGAGCCUCAUUCUCCACCACCCUCCACUCGUUUCUCAAGACUCGCUGAUUCAUUCAGAGCACGAUCCCCUCAGUUGUAUAAUGUUGCUGAUCGAGCGGUCAAAUACAUUCGGGGACCCAGGCCGAAAGUUGAUCUUCCGAACCCUGUGCCCCUCCUCGGUCGCAUGUAUAACUUCAAAGGACAUCAAUUUACCAUCGCACUCGAACCCGCGAUUAUUCGAUUCACUCGUCCACUUACCACUACAUGGCUUUUCGUUCUCCUCGUAGCAGCAUAUAUCAUCUCCUUUUCCUUUUUGGUCCGUGCACAGUGGUAUUUAACCCCUGCGAGCUCUUUUGUCGAUUGUACAUCCGUCUACUGGACAAAAGACGCAGGAUGCGGUCUGGACGGUAGUUUGUGCGCGCCGUUUAGUAAUUCAUCUUUCGAUUUUAGAUGCCCGGCGCAAUGUAGCAGUGUUGUCCUGCAGAACCCGCAUUUAGUGGGCGAUGAAUCUGUGGAUUUUGUACCGCUACUUGUUGGAGGUGGGGAUAUUCAGAAGACUUAUAGAGCUGAUAGUUUUAUCUGCGCUUCUGCUGUUCAGGCCGGCCUUUUCAGUGACUCAACAGGAGGUUGCGCAUCUGUUAACCUCGUGGGGAAUUUCACGAACUAUUUACCUACAACUGCUUUCGGACUAUCUUCCAUUGGAUUCCCCUCUGUAUUCCCGAUGUCCUUUAGAUUCUCACCGUCUAAUGUUCUGACUCACUGCACCGACCUCCGCACACCGGCGCUCGCUUUCAACAUACUUAUUACUUGCCUUCUCUUUCUCGUAUUGCGACCCAGAGCCAUCAUCACGUGGUGGUGCCUCGUCUGCAUCGGAUUUUGGCACAUCGCAUUGUUUUCCCAGCCCCAAUCGACCCCACCCCCGCUAGACGUUGCUUUUGGUGCAUUCCUGCCUACUCUUUUCGUCUGCUAUGGGUUCUGGCGCGUUGCUCAAUUGACUGCGGCUGAUAUCAAGCAACAACCGGGGGGUGUUGUAGCGCUUGUCAUUAUCGUCCUCAUCCUUCUCGUCAUGGUGGUCAACCAGAUGCGUGUUAUUCGGAAGACUGGCUGGCUGCCAUACUACCUCGUGUGGUACAUCCUUGGAGGCCUCGUGACAAUGGUGCUGACGUUGGCGUCUGGUCUGCAGUUCAGACUACAUCAUUACAUCAUCUCGAUGGUAUUGUUCCCUGGCGUUGGCUUCCCGACGAGGCUUUCGGCGAUUUAUCAAGGGUUCCUCCUUGGAAUGUUCCUUAAUGACGUGGCUGCGUUCGGCUUCGACUCGAUACUACAGACCGCUGCUAGUCUUGUUGGAGACGGAACAACUGGUUCCCCCCUCCCCACUUUCCUCACGAAUUCCACCACCUACAAUACCUCCAUUGCUCUCGCGAACCAAACCAUCAGCUGGAAUGGCAUGCCUACGGCCAUUGCCACGCAAGGUUGGAAUGGCUUCGGGUUACUCGUGGAUGAUGUGGAGGUGUACGUGGGCACUGCACUCAACUACUCACUUGCUGCACUGGAGAGUGGCUUGCCACAUUUUUUCAGGCUUGCUUAUGCAAUGGGGGGUACACCAGGUGAUUUUACAAUGCCUGCGACCCUUUGGCCGAAUGGAACUUGGGUGGACCCGCCACCCGGAGCUUCAUAGAUAAUUAUGAUCAUUAUUAAAGUAGAACAUUGUAGUUUUUGGACAUUGUCGUUGCGUAGUAAUAAGAGGUUCAGGACUUCCUAUCUCGUUAUGGCCAUUGUUGGCUUGUCCUCGUGGUUCUCUUGUAUUGGCAACGUAUACAGCAGAAAUACGAAGCCGAGUCCGUAUGCGGAAUAUAUACGGCUGCUCAUCGUGAUUGUGGACCGUG